AUGGUGGGGACCAAUGGGAGCAGCCUAGCAGGUUCCAUCCUGUUGGGGUUCUCUGACCAUCCUCAGUUGCAGAAGGCUCUACUUGUGGUCAUGUCGAUCCUGUAUCUCCUAACCAUCCUGGGGAACAGCACUAUCAUUCUGGUAUCUCGUCUGGAACCUGAGCUUCAUAUACCAAUGUAUUUCUUCCUUUCUCAUCUCUCCUUCUUGGACCUCUGCUUCACCAGCAGUGUUAUUCCCCAGCUCCUCGUAAACUUGUGGGAUCCCAUGAAAACCAUCAGCUACAGAGGCUGUGUGGUGCAGCUCUACGUCUCCCUUGCCCUGGGAUCUACUGAGUGUGUGCUCCUGGCUGUGAUGUCUUAUGAUCGCUAUGCUGCUGUCUGCCGUCUCCUCCAUUACAAUAUUUUAAUGCAUCCCCGUCUGUGCAUGGCCCUGGCAUCUAUGGCAUGGUUCAGUGGAGCAGCUACCACCCUUGUACAAUCCACUCUCACCCUGCAGCUGCCCUUCUGUGGGCAUCGCCAAGGGGAUCAUUUCAUUUGUGAAGUCCCUGUGCUCAUCAAGUUGGCUUGUGUGGACCCCACUUUCAAUGAGGCUGAGCUCUUCGUGGCUAGUAUUCUCUUCCUUAUAGUGCCUGUCUCGUUCACCCUGGCCUCCCACUGCUACAUUGCCCAUGCAGUGUUGAGGAUCAAGUCAGCUACUGGGAGACCGGAAGCACUUGGGACCUGCUCAUCCCACCUGAUGGUCGUCGUAGUCUUCUAUGGAACCAUCAUUUUCACGUAUCUGCAGCCGGUGAAGAAUAGAUCUAAGGACAAGGGGAAGUUUGUUUCCCUCUUCUACACUGUGGUGACCCCCAUGCUUAACCCUCUUAUUCAUACUCUGAGGAACAAGGAGGUUAAAGGGGCACUGAAGAAAGUUCUAGGGAAGACUCUGGGGAUAAAAUUUACAUGA